UUUUUUUUAGAUUAGAACGAUGGGCAAGUUGAUUCACACUCAACAAUGCCUGAAGAGACUUCUCAUUUUUGCUCCUUGUCGUCAGAAUCGGGUAGUAGCAAGGAUGUCUUCUUCUGAGUCUAAACUCCCCCCUCUGUUUAGUUUGGGCAAGUUGAACCACGUGGCCAUUGCGGUGCCUGACAUGGAGAAGUCAGUCAAGUUCUACGAAGAGGUUCUCAAUGCCAGCUGCAGUCCCAUAGAGCAGCAGCCGAAUCACGGAGUCUCCACUGUUUUCAUCCAUGUCGGAGGAGAUACCAAAGUAGAACUGAUCACGCCAUUAGGUGAAAAUAGUCCAAUCAAAUCGUUCCUGGAGAAGAACCAAUCAGGAGGCUUGCAUCACAUCUGCAUAGAUGUGGACGAUAUCGAAAAGGCAGUGGAGCAGUUGGGAGAACACAAAGUGAGAACUUUGACGAAAACUACCAAGAUUGGAGCCCAUGGAAAGCCUGUCAUUUUUCUCCAUCCCAACGACUGCAAUGGUGUGUUGUUGGAACUUCAACAGAAAUAGAGUGCUCGUCGUUUGCGGACUCAGAGUUCUUUUUUGAAUGCCAGAAUAGCACGAGAAAAGGCAAGAAUGCGAUGAAUGUUCGAGGAAUGCUUUUCAGCUGAAAAAUUAAAUGGCAAUUAUAAUGUGUAGCCCAGAUGCUAAGCGUUAUUUAAUUAUAAAUAUUUAUAGUUUAUUUAUUUGAGUGCAUUUAUUUAAUUUGAAUGUUCAGAAUCUG